CGCUCUCUCUCUCUCUCUCUCUCGGUCUAAAUGCGAAGCCUAAUCUCAUAAUUUGGGAAUUAGGGGGCUUAGGGCUUUGUUUGGUAGAGCAUGGAGGCCGAGGAAUCACAGACGAAAGAAGGUAAAGAAGAAAGGGUAGGCGAGGAAGAAGAGGAGAUUAGGUUAUGGAGCUGGGGUGCGGGUUCUGAGGGUCAGCUCGCCACCGGAACACUUGAGGACCAGUCGGCACCUCAGGCCCUUCGCAGCAUCUCCUUGGUCCAUCCCAUCUCACAAAUGGCAUGCGGAGGAGCCCACGCCAUCGCAUUAACCAGUAAUGGAAGGGUGUUUACAUGGGGAAGAGGUGCACGUGGCCAACUUGGCCAUGGGGAUCUAGCAAAUCAUUUAAAGCCAAAAAUUGUUGAUUUUCUUGAAAGCUUUGUUAUAUGCUUCAUUUCCGCUGGCUGGAAUCACACUGGAUUUGUCACAGAUACUGGUCGUCUUUUCAUGUGUGGUGAUGGUUCAUUUGGGCAGCUCGGGAAUGGAGAUAAUCAGUCACGUAGCUUACCUCAAGAAGUGCUAUUCUUUCUAUCAAAGCAUGUUGUGCAAGUAACAUGUGGGAUGCGCCAUUCCCUUGCCUUAGUGACAACAGAGGCGUGUGAUAGUUCUAUAUAUGGUUAUGGUUCAGCAAGACAUGGCCAAAUUGGCACACAACUAUCUGAACGUAGAAGAUUCAUUAACAUUCCAGAAGUAAUUAUGGGAUUUGAAGAUUCCAGAAUAGUUAAUUUGUGUGCAAAUGGAGAUCAUAGUGCUGCAUUAUCUGCUAAUGGGAAGUUGUACACUUGGGGCAGAGGGUUCAGUGGAUGCUCGGAUUAUCACCAGCCUCAAGUUUUGCCUUCAUCGUUGAGAUUCUCUCAAAUUGCUCUUGGAUGGAAUCAUGCCUUACUGGUUUCUGAUGGUCAAGUAUAUAUGCUUGGUAGGAUGCUUACUCUUGUUCAACAAACAAGUGGACGACAGAAUUAUCCUGAUAUCUCAGUUUUUCAUGAAGCUUUGGCUGCAUCUGCACCCUUAUUACAAAGGAUAACAUGCCCCGAUGAUGAAAGUGUCAUUGGCAUUGCAGCAGGUUCUGAACAUUCUGCUAUGGUAACAGACAAAGGAAAGAUAAUGACUUGGGGCUGGGGUGAACAUGGCCAGCUUGGCUUAGGAAACACAGAUGAUCAAAGUACUCCUCAAACAGUUCAAAUAGGAUGCAAGGGAACUGGUUCUUAUGGCCUGCUCAGAGUUUACUGUGGAAGCGGAUUCACAUUUGUGGCUAAAAAUGGAACACAAAAGUUGCAGAACUCAAAGACAAUAAGAGAAGGAAAGAGUGGGGAAAAAAAGUAUUUGAAUGAAAAACACCAAUCCUCUAUUUAUUGGCUAAGUACUGGAUAACAUGGACAAUAAGACAAUGUCAGCAGUCAAUAUCAAAUUGAUUGACUACUUUAUUUUAUUAUUCUAUUUUGCAGUAAACCUCCAAAGCUAUAAGAGUAUUGGGGAAAUAAAUGUAAAUCAAAAUAUCAAAAAAAAAAAAAGAGAGAGAACUUGCCUAGGAUCUAAGAAUUCAUUACAAUCAUGCAAGUAUUGUCCAUCAGUUGGCUCCAACAAUUACUAUUUAUAAAGUUUACCCUGACGACCACUCAAGGAAUGAUGACUUCUGAGGUAAAUUGUUGAUAGGCUACUCGACUUUUCAACUAUCAACAUAUGCCAAGUCAACUGCUUCUUAAGAACUUGGCAGACUACUUCAUCAAGUUGAACAUUUCGAUCGGGCUAUCCAAUUAUUAUGCUUUCCUCUUCUUUUAUGUAUAGUCAUGCAUUUAGCUAAUUCUAUAAUACUCAAGCCUCAAUCCAAAUUUACAUGUAGGGGAUUGGGGGGUGAGCUUAGUUUAUGUAAUUUUCUACACUCAAGCCUAUUUUAUUGAAAUCUCAAAGCUUCUCACUCUAGAACUCUUAUUUCCCUAUUUAUUUCUCUAUUUUCUCUUUCACACAAUAUUCUAACUAUAGUUGGGUAUGAUUCACAUAAAUUUCUGUAUUCAAUAAUAAGAAACAAUGCAUAAAGAAGAGAGCUUUCUAAAAUUUGCAUCUUGCUUAAUGAAAAGCAUUACAAUUACUUUAAACUGGAAAUUAUUAAGAUCUAAAUGACAAAUACCUCCUACAACACAAUGAGAUACAUCA